UGGAAACUCCACCUUGUACCAAAUCCUCGUCUAACACUACUAGUCAUAUCCACAUCCAUUACAGACAAAACAAACAUCUUUUUCAAUAUCUACCUGAUAUUGAACUAUUCACAUUCUACGUUAUACAUAAACGACCAGUCUACAUUAUUCGCCAAACACGUGAUUCCAUAACCCAUUCGUACCAAGUCAAAGGGUUUUAAUGACUCACUUUCUUAUCCACCCUGACGGAAAUGGGGCUGCAUGCCUUUGUGAGUCUCCAGGGACACACGUAGGUGCUGGAGUUGUUGAGAAUUCCAAUGAGAUAGUCGUGGACCAGGCCCUUUAUUCACCAGAUUUCACCGAUGAAUCAGCUACUUCGAUUUGGGGAUGGAGUUCUAAUUUAGUCCUUACGACAUAUCUCCGCAAAACAGCUGUAGUUUGCUUGGUGCGCCUACGCUCGGUAUCAGACACGAGGGCAGCAGUCCGUUUUGUUGUCGUCAUCUUCAGUCAUCUUAUGGGCAUUGCUACUACGUUCUCGGUCAACUUAACGCCUAAUCGCUCAAGAGACGCUCUUUCAUCAUUUGGUGAUGACGGCUACCCAAUCAUGGUAGCUCAGGUUGUAGCAUCGAUGCUAUCGCCUCUACUAUUUAGCAUUGUGUCGACUAAAGAUAGAUCGACUCCUCUUCGACAGAAGAUAGCCUCCUUCUACUACCUUCUCCUUUCGAUGGGGGUCCUCAUGUCUCUUGUCUCCCUCUUGCUCUAUUCAUUGUGGCCGUCGGGGUACCGGAUCACCAAUUUGGCCAUUAUGGCUAGCCUGAUGUUCGCCGUCCUGGGAGGUUGGCAGUUUCUCGAGAAAUGCUGGAAAGAAACAAGCGAAAGCGAGGACAUCGAGUUGGGCCAGCGACAAGCUUAGCUAAGUUAUAUAGAAGGAAAAGGUCUAGCCGGAAUAAGUAGAUGGUGGUGGCGGAGUAGAUCGGAUAUUGUUACACCAGGUCAAGUAGCCCCACAACAUAUUUAUGCCGCUUAUGAUUGAUCGUUGGGAUGGAAUGUUGGAAAAUGUCUUAGCGGUUUGGCAUGAACAGACAAAUGGUAUAGGUGUAUAGACAUUCAUUCGCUUAUGUACUGCUGAUAGUCAUUUUCAAUUAUUUUAACCCUGAAAUGCUCAAUUUUUUUUAAUAGAGGAGCUACUGAUGGAUUUAUAAGAUUC